ACCUUCCGCCAUCCAGUAAUACCAACGCAGAAUGAGAAAUAUUUACGAUGUGUGUUCCUGAGAAGUACACAAAUCGUCUUCACUUUUUGACAUAGUGCCUUCUUUUUAUAGGCGUUUGCCGCCUGUGUACCACAUUAUGGUGUGUUUCUCCCUCUUGUAAAUAGUGGCAUUUUUUCCAUAUUCAUAUAUUGAUCAGUAUUUGGUUCCUUGAACUGAAGCAACUUUGGGAACAGCCCUAAGUUCAGUUGGGGUGAAUGAAAUGGAUGCAAGAAUAUCUCGACUCUUAUUUUCAUUGAAUGAAGAAUUAUUAACAAAAAGUACCAAGAAUACAGCUGUGUCACAUGAUCAUGCUGUGACUAAGUGGCCAGAUAUGUAGAUACUUUGCAGUGGAAACCAUAAAGAUAAUGUUUGUGGCAGAGUUCUGAUUUAUGGGAUGUGAUGUGUUCAGCACCUACCACAAUUUGCAGCCUAAAGUGUAGGAGAAAAUUACACAAUGUUCUGUAGGUGCAAGUUUUAAUGAAAUGUAAUUUAGGGUUUAUUGAUUCUGUCAGUAGCUCAUUGUGUUGAUAAGAUGACUAGUGAAUAAUGAAUUCAUAACAAUAUGGAAGAACUGGCCUUGGUAUAAUUUAAUAUACUAUCUCAUGUGCCUGGAGGCAAGAUUUGAAUACAGUGCUCAUGUGGUUGGUCAUUUUGAGAUUUUACAGUACUUUGGAAUUUACUUAUUGAAUUCCAUUGCUUCAUACAUACACAAAUCUAAAUCUUAGAAAAUUUUGAUCAUUUAUAGUAAUGUAAAAGGGUACAGAUCUUCAGUGUGGCUUAUAUUUUAUAACAGUAUCCAAGUUACAAACAUGGUGUAAGGUGGUUGUGCAUUGUCUACCCCUUAUUAAAGAGAUAUGCAUGGCGUGGACAUGAUGCUUGAUGACUGAAAGGAUUAUUGUAGCAAUGUUAUGUGUUGGUAAGAAUAUUCUAAUUUUGGUCAUCCUAAAGAUUUCUAGCCAAAUAUUGGGUAGGAUGCAGAACUUAGAAAAGUUACCCAUUUCAUUUUAGUGAUAAGGAGACCACCAGAUUUUGGUCAGGAUCUGAGCUUUAAAAUAGGUACAAGUUUCAUAUAGUGCUAGUGUGGCAUUUGUUCGUAAUGAGUAAGCGUCUGUUGGGUUUGCCCUACGUGAGAGGAUAUUGGUACUCGACCAAAAGCUUGAACAAUGUUCGUGGAGGCGCGUCUUACAAAUAUUUGAGUGAAGUGCCAGGGCCCGUUGACUUCUAACCGUUCGAACAGAUAUGCAACGAUAGUAAUUCGAUUCCAGAUCUGAAAGCACCAUUUAAAUCGUGUCACGAGCUACUUAUGUACAAAAUAAAUAAAUAUUGACUUCUGAACACAAAAAAUGUAUUACGUUGUGCAAUUUAUUAUGUGCUUUUCUUACGAUCUAACUAUUCGUAGCCGGUCAUGAGUCUCGAUCUUCUAAUCGAUUCUUUCAUUUUCAGGCAACAAAUUAUGUUGGCGAACCUGUAUUAAAUGUCGCUCCACAUUUCCCUGUCGUUACUUACGUAGAUUAAUACCAAAUCUGUGAAAUGGAGGUUGGUGAAGGAACAUAAAUGAGCGGUGAUACAAAGGAAUGUUUUAAGUCAUAUCAUACAAAUGAUUUUUGUGGAUAAUGUGGUUCAGAUGCAUGGCGAGGUAUAGUAUGUGUGAUCGACAGGUGACUGGGAUGGAGUUUCCAAAGAUUCCCAGAGUGCAGGAUUGUGAAGAGUGGACGUAUACUAUGCGUCGUACAAUGCAGGAAAUUGUGCCGGGAUUGUUUCUUGGACCAUACUCGGCAGCAAUGAAAUCCAAACUGGACCAUCUUAAGCAUCAUGGUGUUACACACAUUGUGUGUGUCAGACAGGAUAUAGAAGCACACUUCAUUAGACCAAACUUUCCAGAGAGGUUCAAGUAUUUGGUCCUUGAUAUAGCAGAUAAUGUCACAGAGAACAUUAUUCAGCAUUUCCCAAAAGUUCGUCAGUUUGUUGAUGAAAGCUUGUCAAUGGGUGGAAAGACUCUUAUCCACGGGAAUGCAGGGAUCUCUAGAAGUGCAGCCCUAGCUUUAGCGUACAUUAUGGAAAAGUAUGGAUUGUCAUGCAAGGAUGCUUUCUCCAUGGUCCAGCAGCGUAGAUUUUGCAUUAAUCCAAAUGAAGGAUUCAUGGCACAAUUAACGGAGUUUGAACCCAUCUACAAAGCACAGCGGACUCUACAGAAUGGACAGUGUUCAACAGAGAAGGGUAGAAAUAAGAGGCGUAUUGACCAAGUGGAUGAUCAGGUGUCGAAUCAGGCAGAGAUUUUCAUGUCGGAGGUGAUGGACAUGACUGGCAGCUGAUGUGUCAUAUCAAGAUACAUGUAUCAUUCAGUAGGUACUAAUGAAAGUCUUGUGUAUCCAAAUUUGGCACAUUUGUGGGGCAAUGCUAGUGACAGUGGAUACAAGAUACACGUUAACACUGUCGAAUUUCUGUGUGUUAAGAAGGUGCGUCUUCAUAAAAAUUGUGCAGAUGUUUUUGUAGAUAUUGUAGCACUGCUUGCGGCUCUGCUGGAUAUCUUGUGGGUACUUACAAAAAAUAAGGGCAUGUAGAAGGAAUACCUAACUUGAUCUUUUUACUGUUCAUUCCUGGUAAGAAAAUGAAUAUUAUAUUUGAGACCUAGAGUCAGUCACGUCAUGUAAGACCAGCAGUUAACGCAUUGGUAUUUGAUGUGUGGCCCAUUUAGGCUUGGAUGUAACAAUAACAAGCGACUUAUUUGCAGGUUCCAACUGAACUUGGUUACCCGUUGUCAGUCGUGAUCUCGUUUGUAUACAUUUGAAAUUAUACUUUAAUAAUUAAAUGAUGAGAGCAGUAUGUCAUGAUUUUUUUAAAUUUCUAUGGUAAGUAUUUUAGUGUCAAAUUGUCAGAAUCUGUUGGUAAUAUUCUAACUGUGAAGAUUAAUAUCUUAUGAUAUUUCAAAGUGGUCAUUUUUAAGUACCACACAUGUAAUGAGGUUGUAUCUCUAGAUUAUGAACAGAUAUAGUUGAUGGAGAAUAUUUUGAUGAAACCAGAGACCUCAUUUCUGUUCUCAUUUACCGCCAUUACAUGUGUGAAGGUUCAAUUGGUGUUCAUAAGAAAUUAAAUGGCCACAACUCGUGAAGCUGUUGAAGAAAUUAAGCUUUAUAAAUUUAUGCCAUAUAUACAUGACAAGACGAGUGCGUGCGUGUGUCUUUGUGAUUCUUCAUCAAGAAUUUAAAACUGAAUUUUUUUAACAAAAAGACUGUAGUUCAUAUAAGCAUGUAACAUGGAGAAUCAUCAAGUUUUGAGAAGUCUGAUUAUUGUUUUUUAUCAGAAAAUCUGGUGUAUCCAGCAUUGGGUUUUAUAAAAAAUAACUAAAGUUGAUAUUUUUCAAUA